UAAUGAUGAAAAUAGCUAUGAAGAGUUUGUCAGCCCUUAGAAUUAGGGACAGCAUUCUGCAAUGCCGACCUAACUGCGGACCUAAACAUUUUUAAUUUCAGCACUUUGCAAAUAUAAUAUUAAAACCUUUAAUUCCACUUUCCAUAAAAACAAGUUAAAGUUUACGUUGGUGAAUACGUCAAAGUUUUACAUGUUAGUAACAAUAAUUGAAAAACAUUUUUUACUUUGACACAAUGAAAUGUAAAGUUAUUGUCAUUGAAGACUCCUUUAUUAUAUUUUUUUAAAUUGAUAAUGAUUAACAUCUUCACUUCUUUGUUUAAAGCUAAUGGCAUUAAUAGAUUUUGGGUUAAAUUGAUGAUAGCUCCCAGUUCCAGAAAUUAAAGAAGUUUUACAAUUAAAAGUAAUUAGUGUAGAUGGAAAAAAGACAAAUAUUCAUUAUAUUUUGUGAUGCCAGAGUAAUGGGAACCCUGUCUUGUAUUGAAACACUAAAGACAAAUAUCAUCUCCUUUUUACUUGUUAAAAUGAUCCUUUUUCUGGUAGUUAUAUGGCACACAUGUUAUAAUAGAAAAUGAUAAAGAUAGUACAUUGGUUUCAGCAAUGUCUUAACUGAAUAUGAUAAUGUUAAAAGUUCAGAAGCAAUUGUUUUUAAGAAAACAUGUUCUAACACUUAUGUAGAUCAUGGUUUAGUUAUCAAAUUAGAAAAGCUUUGGGAAUGUAGCAUUUAUUUAGAAGAUUGUUUGCUUAACCAGUGUGAGGUACCACUUGGCCAAAUUAUAUCUUGAAUAGGUGGAAAAAUCAAUGAUUUUAAAAAGUAUAAAGGCUCUUUAGUUGAACUAGCAUCUAACAUUUUUAUGCGUGAACAAUCUUUAAUUUAAGAAUUUAUAGUUUAUGAAAGAACUUAAAUACCUUCACAUGAUUUAAACUGCAUCACAAAGUGCAGGUUUCCUGUCCUAUGUGGUUUGCUGCAAAAAGUUUAUGACAUUACAAAGAUACACCAAGAUGCAAAAUCUUUAAGCUUUACAAUGGGAGCACUUACUGCAGCUCAACGCUACGAGAAAGAGUUGAAAAUAAACAAUGUGGACUACAAGUACGUAUGUACUUUCAAAGAAGAAAUAUUUCAAUUACAAGUUAUCAAAUUUAACAUGUUUAUUUACACAAAAGAGUUUGACUACACAUUUGUAAUAGAAAAUGAUGAUAAUUGGAAAAUUUUUAAGGAUUCGAAUAAAGUAUGGAAUUAUUUAAGUUUUAAAAGAGAACCAAAGCAUAUUGGAUUAAUAGAGCAAAAGGAUAGUAUUACAAUUAAUUUGGAUUGGAUGCUUGGUGAGGAUGAAAUUCCUUUAAAAUUAACAAUAGUUCUUAUGAAGGAAAAUGAAUCUUCUGAAAUUGUUAUUCAAGAAAUUGGAAAAACUUUAUUUGAGUUAAAAAAACAAUGCUUAGAAUUGAAAAAUGAAAACAAAAGUAUGAAAAAAUACUUUACCUACUAUAACGUUAAUCUUUAUUGCAAAGUCAAAUGUCUCAUUUACAAAGAUAUUUUUAAUGCGAAAAAUGAAGGUAUAAUUAAAAAAGUCGGAUAUCCUGCAUACAACGAUACUACUUACCCGAAUACUAACAAAUUUAACAGUCAAUCAAUUAUUCUGUAUGGUGCUCCUAAUGAAAAAACUGGAAAUGGAGCAGAAAUCAUUAUUCCUGAUGGCUAUAAUUUAUUAUGGGUAAGGAUUCUAAAUGAUAGAUGGACACACUUCAAUGCGACUUUUAAUGAUGGGAAUAAAGAGAAUAUUGGGCAAUUUAUGGAUGGAUUUCGGCUUUUAAACUCGAUUUCUCCUAAAGGUAUAUCCAAUGAUGCAUCAUACAAUCAUCAUACUUGGUUUCCAAUUCCUGUUAGAAGAUCUGGCAAAAUUAUUUUAACUUCUGGUGCAAAAACAAAUAAUAAUUUUUGGAUUUCAGGUAUUGCAUUUGGUUUAAAUAUUUGGAACAUUGCUUAUAACUCUGCUCCUGCUUAUACACAUUACAUUAAUGGAGGAAGUGGUGUAACAGCACACGAUAAUUGGAAUAAUGAUCCGUUAUGUUAUGUUGCGCCUAAAAGUAUUGGAAUUUUAUACAUUCCAGUUAUACCCUCUAAAUAUGAUAAGCUUUUGUACUUUGUUGGACAUAAUGAUACUUGGAACGAAAAUCAAAUUACUAAACUAACAGUUAAUGAUAAAGUUGUUGAUACCUUCUCUGAUAAUUAUGACAAUCCUAUUGCAAGGCAUCACAAUGGAAAAAUUUAUUCUAGAUAUUAUGCGACUUUAAUACCUAAAGAAUUAAUACCAGAAGAUUCUUUCUUCCUAAAAGUAGAGUUUGAUAUGACCGAUCAAAUUACUAAUGGGUUUUAUAUAAGAGAAUGCGGAACACAUGAUAACCUUAAUCCUUUUAAUAUUAUUCAAUAAAGUUUAAUAUUUGGAAAAAACUUUUGGACUAAAAAAGUGAUGAUAGAGUAAUAGUAAAAAUCACUUUAUUUUUACUAAUUAUUAACUUUAUUUAAAUUCUUCUUUAGAAAAGUCGAAUAUUUGAGAAUUAUACUAUUUGAUUGUAUCUAAUAAGUGGGUUUUACAACUUUUUUUGAAGUUUCUUUAUCGAAUUUUGAAUACGUUAAAAUCUUAAAGAUCUCUCUUUUUUUUGUGUGAGUUUUCGUAGAAGAUACUUGAAUAAGAACUAUAAACAUUUUCGUAGAAGAUACUUGAAUAAGAACUAUAAAAAUCGGUGAGCGUUUUAACAUUUAUAAGAGAAUUUUUUUAAUAAAUAAACAUAUUUUAUAAUAUUUCUUAAUAUAUAAUUAACUAAGACUAAUAUGAUUUUAAAUUAGCAAAGAACUAAAUUUUUUGCAGAAUUUCCUACUGACUAUUUAAAUAUAGCAUGUAGUCAUACUUAAUUUGAUAUUUUAUAAUUGAAUUGAAUCCAAAAAAGUGUUUAGUCAUGACAACCAUGGUUUAGGAGAAGACAAAAAAAAAAAAGCUGUACAAGUGAUGAACAAAACUUUCAUCUUUUGCAUCUAAAAAGACUAUUUAGCUUCAGUUGAACAAAAGUAUAUAAAAAUUAUGUCAAAAGAUAUAUCUUUUAUUUUA